UACUCACGACUCAAAAUCGAAUCUCAUUUACAUCAUUUGCUCUAAUUUAUGAUGUUAAAUAACUUAAUUGAUUAAGUUUAUGAUCUAUAUCCAUAUCUCGAAAUCGAAUCCCGUCUAGAAUUUACAUCAUUUAUUAUACAACUCUCUUUACUUUUGUUAACCUAUACUAUUGUUUAUCACUAUUCUUUUGCCAACCCUAGUAACAACUUUACAAAAAAAUUAAACAACAAUCCCUAACUUCCUUUGACCAUUCUUUUACUGAUCCAAAACAUGAUCUUUACUUUUUUUUCACCCUUUGCCUCCUUUUUAUAUGAUGACUAUCUCAUUCAAAUUUCUCUUUUCUUUUCCCUUUUUCCCUCCUCUAAUCUUUCCCUUUUUUUUCUUCUUCUGCAUGUUCCCAUUCCUUUUGCUUGAAUUUCAACACCAAAAGCCAAAAUUAAACUAAUUACCCUUCUCACUCUCUCUCUCUCUUCAUUUUCUCUCUCUACUGAAAUGAAGUUCACUCCUUCCUCUGCUUCGUCUUCUUCAUCUUCUUCUUUCAAUGAAAACUUGUGUAAAAGUAAAGGCAAUGUCUUUGGGUGUUUUUCAGCUGUUUUGAGCAGAAUUCUCUGUUCUAAAAGCCUACCAACUCACCCUUCUGAUCCAAUUGAGACUGAUAUCAACCAGCAUUUCUCGAAGAUUGAUAAAAUUGGUGUAGAUGGUUCUGCAACCCCUAAUGUAGUAGCAAGGCUAAUGGGUUUGGAUUCUAUGCCGGAAAUGAGCUCUAAUUUAUCCCAGAUUUUUCCGGUUCCGAUUCCGAUUACAAGGAGCAAAUCAAUGGAUUCAGAUGAUUUCAGAGAGAAAACAGAGGAGAUGCAGCACAGGAGAGUCAAGACUUCUGUUUCAUUUAGGGAGACACCGGAUUUUUUUGAGCUCGAAGACGGCGAUUUCUUUGUUCUCAACUUUGAAAAAAGAGGCAAAAAUCAGAUCAAUGGAUCCAAUUUUGGGUAUUCUGAAGUGGGUAUUAAAGGGAAUACACGUAGGAGGAGGAGGAGAGAUAAAUGUGGGAGAAAACAGAGGAGAAACAGAGAUGAACAGAGCAAAGACAGAGUAUUUUCAAAUGAAGAGAGGCUUACUUUGAAAUUAUCACCUCAAAAUCCUCCAAAAAUUGAUGCCUUUUUUGAUGCUCAAAAGCAAAGUUAUCAUCUUUCUCCAAUUAAAGAUAAUAUUAGUCGCAAAAAGGAAGAAUUGGAUGGAAUUAAAGCAAGAAGAAAGAAAAAGAAAGAGAUUUUUUCGAGUACAGAUGAAGCAGAAUGUGAUUCAGAUAAUUCUAGCCCAGUUUCUGUUCUUGAUCAUAUUACCGACUUCAUCAUCAGUGAUCCUGAAGUUACAACAUCAGAAGAUGCAAGAUUGGAAGGGUGUGAGUCAGUGAGCAGAAAUUGCACAACAUCUCAAAGUAAUGAAAACUGUAAAAGGGAAACAGAUGGAAAUGGAGAGAGAAAUGUUGGGUUAAAAAGAAGAGAUUACAAAAUACAUGAAAAUGCAGAAAUGUUGAGGAGAAUAUGCAGAAUGGCUGAGUCUGAAGUACAUAAUUCAAAUUGGAAAUACAGGAGAUUGUUGAAGGCUGAUGAGUUGGAAGAUACUGCAUUAGAUUUUAGUCAAAGGAUUUUUGACCAGUUGGUUACUGAGUUGAUAGAUCAACUUGUUGGACUUGAAUGCCAACAAAUUUGAUUUUAAAUUUUUGUUAGGUGGGUGGAGUAGAAGGGAGAAAUCUUUGUUGUACUAGGUACGAGACUCUGAUGUGGGGAGCACGAUCCCUUUCAUUAUCGUGUAUAUAAAUAUAUCAUAGAAGUGGUUAAUUGGUUAUAGUAACACUGAAGAAAGAAAAAUGAAUUUAAUUGGUAUUUGGUUGUAGUCUUGUAGAGUAGUACUCCGUAACUUUUAAUAAUUUGACUAGGUCGAUGUGAUUUCAAUUUUGAAUUUUAA